AUGCGCCCGUCCCUACGUUCUUUCAUUACAUUCUUCGCGCUCCUUUUUUGUAUACAUGCAGUGGCGGCGGCACCUCAUGCUGCUGUGCGCCGGCAAGACGACAGUCAGGCUGAGAUUCGGUCAGGAGGUGACAUCACUUCUGCUCGACCUACCGUCACUCCAUCGCCGUCAGGGACAAGACUAGAUUCGGCUCCCACUCCUUCAACAACACCUUUAUCAAUCAGUCCAUCAGAGGCACCGACUUUGAGCACCACGAGUCAUGUAUCAGCUACAUCUACUGUCGACCAGUCCAUCCCUCAGAGUACUGCCGAUGCUGCUCCCGAUAACCCAUUACCCAUUCAGCCUAGACUCAAUCCUGCCAUGGGACUGACUGGCGUUGUUUUGCUCAUCAGUGGCUUAGUGUAUGCCAUUAUUGGGAUCAAGAACAAGUGGUACGCAGGUAUAUGUGUUCGGAUCUGCAGCAUACCUCACCGCACUCUCAGUAUCAGUCUUGAUCGUAUACUUGAUGAGUCCGCCAGUGUCCAAUGCAGUACAAGGCGCUUUUUUCGUGGCAGCUUUCGUCACGGGACUCAUUUUUGGCGCCUUGUCAUUGGUCUUUGCAGACAUCACUGA